AUGUUGAUAUUUUAUAAUUUCUCAAUAAAAUUUAAACUUGGUUCUAAUAGGGAAGAUUCAUGGUUUGUAGAUUAAUCAAAUAAAUAAAAUAAUCUUACUUCAAUUUAUAGCAAAGAUCCACAAAAUUGGCUUUAUUCUCCAUAGUAUAACUAUAUUAUUAAGGCAGAAAAUUAGUAGAGCUUAUUUUCUAAGAUUAUAGUUAGCUCUUAGACAGGUAUAGUUUUUGUUUCUUCAGGAAAAUCGGGUAUAUUAGCUAUAGACCCAGAUUAAUAAUAUAAAGUAAUAGCUAAUUUAAAAACAAAUGAUCACAUUGAAGGCUUCGCUUGCACUAUGGAUGCAAAAUAUAUUUUUACAACUAGUGAUAACCUAUUAACUGUAUAUAAUUUUUCAAAUAGAAAAAUAUUUACAUAAGUAGGUUAAGAUAAUAUUCAAGUAUUUGUUACUGAUUUAAUUCUCAACUCAUAAGAAGACACACUUUAUAUUCUUUAAGUAAAUGGAGUAGUACGUAUACUUGAUAUCUCCUAAAAGAGCAAUCCAGUUUUCAUUGGGUAAAUAUAAUGGUAUCCUUAGUAAAUCUAUGGAGGUUUUCUAACUAAAGACGAAAGAUUUUUAAUAUUAUGCUAAGAUUAUCUUGGAUUAGCUGUAUUUUCUAUAAAAAAAUCUAAACACUCAGUGAUCGGAACGCUUUUAGGUUCUUUUAAUGGGGAAACUCAAGGAGGUUCUCAUAGAGCGAUAGUAACUCCUGAUGAAAAAUAUUUAAUCAGCUUAGACAAUAGAAAUGGAUUAAGUUUUGCAGAUUUCACUUAAAUUUCAAAAGCAAAUCCUUAAAGUAAACCUUUAUCGUUUGAGUAUUAUUUAAAUCAAUGGUGGCCAUCUUAGGUAAACGUACCUGCCCCUUACUCUUUUUGUGUCUCUAAUGAUUCAAAUUUUCUCUUUGUUGGAGUAAGGUCUAUUGGAAUAUAUACUGUUGAUAUUACUGACAAAUAAAAUCCGCUUACUUAUACUUGGGCAUACUUACCCUAUCAUGGAAAUUCUAUUGCUUUAUCUCCGACAGCUAAUUACCUCUACUUUUCUAAUUCUAUUUCUUUUAUGGCUUUUAGAAGAAUGAAACCGAUUUUAGGACAAAAUUAUGUCAGUCUAUAUAACGGUAAUCACUCUUAGGGAUUUUCUUAGUCAGAAACCAGAUAUUACUGGAGAUGUGAUUAUGAUCCUUAAAGAUAGGUAUAUAUAGGGGCAUUCGAUACAGACGGUCUUUGGUUUAUAGAUGUUAGUGAUCCUACUAGAUUUGAUGUACUCUAAAGCUCAUACAAACCACCAAACUAAGACUCAAAUAUAGAUGUGUUUUAUGCUUUAAAUAAUUAUCAAACUUUGAUUACAUCAAUGAAUGAUGGGGUUAAUUUCAUGGCAGUCUUAGACAUCUCAAAUUAUAAAAAUAUUAGGAUGAUUUAAAAAGUGCCAUUAGGAUUACCAGUAUACGGAUAUAUAAAAGACGUUGACACCAAUGCUUCUAAUACUUUUUUAACUGCAGCUAUGGAUAGAGUAAUAGUAUUUGUUGAUAUAUCUACCUUGGGAAGCUAUUAAGUUUUAGCAACAUGGCAAUUCUUACCAUAAAUGAAAGGGUUAACAACUGGGGUUAUGCUUUCUUCUGAUGAGAAAUACUUUAUAGGUGCUUGUAGAGGUUAUGGCUAUUUUGUUUUAGACAUUCAAGACUUAACUAAUAUAAAAAUGGUAAACUACUUUGAAUCUACAGGAGCUGAAUAAGUUUUUAAAUCGUAAGCAUAUAGCUAUCAAUAUUACUUAAUUGAUGGACUUGGUGGACUUUACAUAAUGGAUCAAACUGUUUUACCGUAGUUUAAAUAGUUUUCACAGCUGAAUGUACCUGGCUGGACAAAUGAUAUUACAUAUUUACAAGAUGAAAAGACAGCUAUUAUUGCAACUAUGUAGUAAGGUAUGAUCUAUUUGGUAGAUAUAUCAAAUAAUAAAAAUCCGAUAAUAGUCUCCAGCUACUAGUAUGGAGAUUACAACGGAUUUGUUUCUUGUUCUACUUAAGAUUUUACAAAACUAUUUAUUGACAAUAAUAAAGAAAUGAGAUAACUUCCUCUCAAUGUACCUGUGCAAUUUCAUUCAGACUACUUAGAUGUUUUAGGUUAUUCGGAGUCAGGUGAUAUGCUUUUUAACGUAAUAAAUAACCCAGAGAAAUAGAAAUUCUUAGUAGGAUAAACAAUUAAAAUUAAUUUUUGCAUUUUAUAUCAGCCUUUGGAUAUAGUCGUGAGCAGUGUUAAACUUUUUUAAAAGUAAAGAGAGAUGUCCUUACCUUCAUGGAUAGUUUAUGAUCCAAUUGAAAUCUCAGUAACAAUUUAAUUUACAAAAAACGCUGUUGAUCCCACAAAUAUUAAGUAGGCACUUUUAAAUACAUUAGUCUUCACAACAAUAAAACCACUUUAAAAAAGUGAUUUUUUAUUUAAAUAAGGAAAAUGCAAAACAACUAAAUUUCAAGCACAAGCAAUAUUUGAUUAGCUUUAGUAAGAUGGUUUUAUUGAUGAACACAAUUUGGUUUCUGAAAAAUAGUAAUUUAAUGAAAUACAAUUUGUUUCAAUCAGAAACUAAGAUCUUUUCCCAAACAAGACUAUAGAUGAUUAAAUUUAUAAUAGCUGUAUUAGUAAUACAACAAAAUACACACUUUCCUAAGCUGUUUAGAAAACUCCUAUUUAUCUUUUUGUGUAAUCUUCUUUGAAUUUAAUAAUUGAUGGUUCAACAGACAAAUAUAUUUCAACAACAGCGAAUUUAGUGAAUAUUUAGAUUGAAAUUCCUAAAUUUUCAGGCUAAUUCAUUUAUCAAAAUUCAGGAUCUGUAAAUGUUUAAUUAAACUAAGAUAUGAAUAUCAUCAACAUAACUGGAAGAGUGUAAAAUGUUAAUGAAUUUUUGAAGUAAAAGAUAAUAGUAUAUCCUAUUGCUCCUGUGGAAUACCAACAAAUAACAGCAUUAGUAACAGUCUCAGAUUCAAUGAACUACCCCAUAACUAAAAAUUAAUCAGCUUUUUAAUUUCCAUUUUUAAAAGAAAAAAAAAAUAUUUAGAUAAAUCCUGAUAAAACAUUACAAAGUUAAUUCUAAGAUAAUAUUUAUAUAUAAACGUAUUUUGGAUUUACUAUAAAUUCUUAAACCUUUAUUAUUCCUGAUCUUAACACCACCAUUUCCUUCGAUAUUUUACGCUAGAAAGGAGACAACUAUGUUAAAUUAGAUAGCACAGAUUGGCUAUAAUAUGAUAGUAAUACCCAUCUAUUUUAUGGAACUCCUCCAUAAAAUGCAUUCGGAACAAGCAUAACAAUAAAAGUAACAGGGUCUGAUGGCUUUACAAAAGUAUCGCAAGAUUUUACUAUUCACGUAAAUAAGAUACCUUUCUCAAUAAUUCUUUAAUGGAUAAUAUCCAUCUUAGGUCCUUUAACUGGUAUUUUGGGUUUGUAUAGAUUUCGUGGUGACUUAUAUAACAUAUUUUACAAUAAAAGAAAUCAAUAUAGCCAAAUUACAUGUUAACCAAAUAAAAAAUUUAUUCUUAAAAUACCUUUAAUUCUUCGUGAAACUGAUUCAUCUAUUUAAAUUAUUAGAAAAUUAAAGAAAGAAUUACUGAAUAUUGCAAAGACGAAACAAUAAUAACGUACUUAAAAUAAAGAAGUCAAGAAAAUUUAGAAAAAUAACUUUAAAAUUUUAUCAUAAAUAAUUAAAAUUAAAAACAAAUUUUAAAAGUAAGUCUAAAAAUUGUAAGACUUAGCUUCCUCAAAAUUAUCUGAUGUAGCAUAAAACUAUGUAAAGAGAUUGGAAAAAUAAUAAAAAUCUUAAAGAUUAAAUAUAUUUGAAGAGCAAUAUUUAAAAGAAAACGGUUAAAUUGAUUAUUAAAAAUAUUUAGACCAAAUAAUUGAUUUAGAUAUUAAAUUCAAGUUUGGUAGCUUAGAUACAUCAACAAAAAAUUAAUAGCAAAAUAUAAAAAAUGAAAACGGGAGUUUGAAUGCUUGUCUUAAAUUUUAAUUAGCUAAGAAAUUAAUGAAAUAUGAUGCAAAAAGUUUGGCUGUUUACAAUUUCUUGAAGUAUUAUUCAAAAGUUAAGAGUGCUGUUUUGACAAACAACGAUUGGUACAAGUACUUAAUCAAAGUUAAAUCAACUGAUAUUUUAGAUCAUCAAUGCAAUUAUAUUGUAUUUCCUAAUUUUUAAUUUAACUUUAAUAGAUUGUCAUAAGCUCUCAAUCUGUUAGGAAUUUAAAUCGACUAAGACCUUAAAUAAGUAAAUUAUUUUGAUGAUAUAGAGUAAGAUUCAAAAGUAUAAAAGACAUAUAAUGAGGUCUUAGAAAAGAAAGGUGUUAAUUUGUAUUUGAUAGAAUAAUACAUGUUUUCUGAAGCUGCAGGAGUCAAGGAUAAUUUACCAAAUACAUUUUUUCCUAGCGUUGGCGAGAGUUUGUAUUUAGAUUACCAUGAAAUAGAUUAAGUUGCUGCAUUGAGAUAUUAACCUGGGAUGUUUUAGUGCAUUGAAAAAUUACUUAACUAAGAAUAUAAACCAUAUGGACCUCAGGGUAAUAUAUAACUUCCAAAUUGGCUAGAAUUAGAUACAUAACCUGGAUUAAUUAUUUUGAGAGGAACUCCUAGCUUUUCUGAUACUGAAGAAAUACUUAUCAGAAUAACAACAACAUAGAACUACACAAUAAGAAGCUUCAUUUUAAAAGUUGAAAUGGACUUAAAUAAAUACAAAUAAAUUUAGAAAUUCAAUAAAUUCUAAAAAAAGUUGAAGUUAGAAGCGAAAAGUACAUAAAAUACAAAUAACAGUACAAUCAAUUGA